AUGUCGAAUACGGUACGAGAUUCAACAGAUGCAGUAGUAAUACCAUUACUGGAUCCCGAUCACGACCCCGGCGAAACGGAACACAGUCAACAUCAACGGCACAACAGAAAAGUCGACGACAGAAACAUGGGUACCGAUAAAAUGAAAGCCGUGCACUAUGAAGGGCCAUUCAAAGUAUCUGUCAAAGAUGUUGAUAUGCCAAAGGUGGAGCACCCAGACGACGUUAUUAUCAAAGUUACUACAGCUGCGAUAUGCGGAUCCGAUCUUCAUAUGUAUCAAGGUCGGACUGCGGCAGAGGCCGGCCUAGUAUUCGGCCAUGAAAACAUGGGUGUCGUAAUCGAGACGGGCUCCGGCGUCACAUUACUAGAAAAGGGCGAUCGAAUCGUGCUUCCAUUCAAUGUCGCUGAUGGUCGUUGUCGCAAUUGCGAGGAGGGACGCACCGCUUUCUGCACAGGGGUGAAUCCGGGGUUUGCUGGUGGCGCAUAUGGGUACGUGGCAAUGGGACCGUAUCAAGGUGGCCAGGCGCAGUAUCUGAGGGUACCGUUCGCAGACUUCAACGCGUUGAAACUGCCCAAAGGGACAGAGCAUGAAGCUGAUUUUGCGCUGUUGGCGGAUAUCUUCCCUACCGGGUGGCAUGGUUUGGAGCUUGCAGGAUUUCGACCUGGCGAAACUGUUGCUGUUUUCGGUGCUGGCCCUGUGGGAUUGAUGGCGGCAUACAGUGGUGUACUCCGUGGCGCAAGCAAGGUGUUUGUCGUGGACACUGUUCCUGAGCGAUUGCAGGCCGCGAAGAAGAUUGGCUGCAUACCAAUCGACUUCAAGAAGAGUGAUCCGGUAGAGCAGAUUAUCCAGCAGAAUGAUGGCAUGGUCGAUCGUGCCGUCGACGCGGUCGGAUACCAAGCUGUAGACGCAUCCGGCAGUAAGGAGAAACCAAAUGUUGUUCUUGACCAGCUUAUCAUGGUCACCAGACCCACUGGUGGUCUUGGAAUCCCUGGACUUUACGUGCCAGCCGAUCCUGGAGCGCCGGACGAGCAGAGCAAGAAGGGGCAGAUCCUGCUUUCAUUUGGAAAACUAUUUGAGAAAGGAUUAUCUUUAGGAACUGGACAGUGCAAUGUGAAGGCAUACAAUCGCUACCUUCGCGAUCUAAUCAUCUCUGGCAAGGCUAAGCCAAGUUUUGUGGUAUCUCAUGAGAUAACCAUUGACGAUGCCUCUGAUGCAUACGAAAAAUUCGACAAGCGGAUCGAUGGAUAUACCAAGGUUUUGAUUCAUCCAAAUGGGCCGUUGUAA